UCCAACACUGAUCACACAAGACUCAACACUCAACAUUGACUGAAGAUGCUGUGUUCCCGAGGAUUCCAGUCUUCCCUCAGCCCAUUGAUGGACUUCUACUGGCCUGUGCGCAGUCUAUGGCCAGAGGUCCGACCUCUUCUCAGCCAGCGGGAUCUACUGCAGAGAAACCUGCUAGAAGUCAAGAGCAGUCUGGAUCUGAUGGCACAUCUCCAGCAGCACAUCUUUGAAGAGUUGGACAAUGUCCCAUCCUCUUUGACCAUCCAACCAGUCUCCUACAAGCUGGAUAAAGAUGGAGAGGGCUUUGCCCUGACACUGGACACUAAAGACUUUUCCCCAGAGGAGCUGUCUGUCAAGCAGGUGGGCAGGAAGCUGAAAGUCAGUGGGAAGACAGAGAAGAAGCUGGAUGAUGGGGAAGGCUCCUACUCUUACAGAUGCCAAGAGUUCAGACAAGAGUUUGAUCUGCCUGAAAAGGUGAAUCCUGAGACAGUCACCUGCUCCCUGGCUCAUGACGGGAAACUCCACAUUCAGGCAUCAAAGAAUCCAUUAUCUGGUGAGGAGGAGGUGGCAGAGAGAGUGGUUGCCCAUCAACUGUAG